AUGCAGGCGGACAUGAAGGCGCUGCACAAGAUGUUCAUGUCCCGCAACGUGACGUACCAGCACAGCCACGGGCGGCCCAUGAGCUGCCCAGCCACCGCGCAGCUGCUGUCCAACACGCUCUACCACCGCCGCUUCUUCCCAUUCUACACAUUCAACAUCUGCGCCGGCCUCGACGAGGAGGGCAGGGGCGCGGUGUACACGUACGACGCCAUCGGGUCUUACGAGCGCACCGGCUACUCGUGCCAGGGCAGCGGCAAGGACCUGAUGCAGCCGGUGCUGGACAACCAGCUCAAGGCCGCCAGCCCCCUGGUGCUGCCGCCGCGGAACUCUGUCACGGAGCUGCCCCUGGAGCAGGCUGUUGACCUGGUGAAGGACGCCUUCGUCAGCGCAGGGGAGAGGGACAUCUACACGGGCGACAACGUGGAGAUCCUUAUCAUCACAAAGGACGGCAUCAAGCGCGAAGAGCUAGAGCUCAAGAGGGACUGA